CCGUUAUCAUUCCCGAAAAUGGCGACUUUAGCAGCUGCUGCUGUUGUUGCUGCCGCUGGCAGAGAUCCCGCUGUUGACCGUUCAUUGCGCUCUGUCUUUGUGGGAAACAUUCCAUAUGAGGCCACAGAGGAGCAACUGAAAGACAUUUUUUCAGAAGUCGGUCUCGUUGUCAGCUUUCGGUUGGUGUAUGAUAGGGAGACAGGCAAGCCGAAGGGAUAUGGCUUCUGUGAGUAUCAGGACCAGGAGACGGCCCUCAGUGCCAUGCGGAACCUGAACGGAAGAGAGUUCAGCGGCCGGGCUCUCCGUGUCGACAAUGCUGCUAGUGAGAAAAACAAAGAGGAGCUCAAGAGUUUGGGGACAGGAGCCCCCAUUAUUGAGUCUCCCUACGGGGACAACAUCAUGCCAGACGAGGCUCCAGAGUCUAUUAGCAGAGCUGUGGCCAGUUUGCCCCCAGAGCAGAUGUUUGAGCUCAUGAAACAGAUGAAGCUGUGUGUGCAAAACAGUCCCCAGGAGGCCAGGAACAUGCUGUUGCAGAACCCCCAGCUGGCCUUUGCUUUGCUGCAGGCCCAGGUUGUCAUGAGGAUUGUAGACCCUGAGAUUGCCCUGAAAAUGCUUCACCGUCAAACCCCAGUGCAGCCAUUGGUUCCCAACAGUCAAGCUGGGCCAGUGCCAGUGGCCAACCAGCCUAUUCCCCCAGCCAAUGCUCCAGUCUCCCAGUCACAGCCCAUGCCGGGCAUGCACAUGAACGGAGCUCCUCAGAUGAUGCAGCCCCCUCCCAUGGGUGGGGGACCUGGGCCCAUGCCAGGACAGGGACCAGUGGGACCACCAGGAAACCUCCAGCACUCACCCGUAGGAUCAUCUGGGCAGGCUGCUAUCGAGCGACCUCAAGGACCAGGUGGUAUCCCUCCCAGAGGCCUGCUUGGCGAUGGCCCCAACGACCCCAGAGGAGGAACCCUGCUCUCUGUCACAGGAGAGGUCAUCGAACCCAGUCGAGGAGGAGGCUUCAUCGGGGCCCCCCCACCACACCAGGGGCCCCCCAUGCACAUGAACCAGAUGGCUGGAGGGCCUCCUCUGGACAUGAGGCCGCCCCAUGACAUGAGAGGACCCCCCAUGGGUGAACCCAGGGGCAUGAUGGGAGAGCCCCGGGGACCCCCCAUGGGUGAACCCAGGGGCAUGAUGGGAGAGCCCCGGGGACCCCCCAUGGGUGAACCCAGGGGCAUGAUGGGAGAGUCCCGGGGACCCCCCAUGGGUGAACCCAGGGGCAUGAUGGGAGAGUCCCGGGGACCCCCUAUGGGUGAACCCAGGGGCAUGAUGGGAGAGCCCCGGGGACCCCCCAUGGGUGAACCCAGGGGCAUGAUGGGAGAGCCCCGGGGACCCCCCAUGGGUGAACCCAGGGGCAUGAUGGGAGAGCCCCGGGGACCCCCCAUGAUGGAACAGCGGGGACCCCCCAUGAUGGAGCCCAGGGGACCCCCCAUGGAGAACAGAGGUCGGGACCCCCGAGCGGUGGACCCCCGUGGACCAGUGUCGGGCCAGAGGGUUCCCACUGCACAAGGAAUGCAGGGCCCCUCCCCUCACUCCAUGAAUACUAAUGCCCCUCCACCUGCCAGACCGGGUCCUGGUGUACCACAGUCCGGAGGUAGCUUCAGUCCAGGGCAAAGCCAGGUGACAUCACAGGACCAUGAGAAGGCCGCCUUGAUCAUGCAAGUGCUGCAGCUGACCCCAGAACAAAUCGCCAUGCUGCCCCCAGAACAGAGGCAGAGCAUUCUCGUCCUCAAAGAGCAGAUCCUGAAGACCACCGGGGCACCCUGAAUACCCCCACACCCAUAGGCUCAAGACUGUCACAGGACCCCGACACUCCUGCCCCCUGUAACCUCGACGUUGGAUUGAUCAGAACACGGCACCUCACUUCAAACAUUUUGGAGAUUGUUUUGUAUUAUGUGGUCUUUUUUUUUAAAUGGAAAUUUAAAGUGUUAGUGAUUUGAAGAAUGUCUGUUCUUUUGAAGGGGAACACUUCAUAGUCAGUUCAACUGAGAGAAGCGUUGCUGGAUGUUACAAUGCCCAACCCUUUUCAUUUUGUGGCUGGAACCUGUUGCCUGUCUGGAUAUUUGUUCAAUUAAAUAAGCAUUUCAAUAGAAACUGUU